GCCCCGCCCCCAGGGGAGGAGCCGAGGCCGGGGGCGUGUCCUGGGCCGGCCUGUCCCGCCCGCGCCCGCCCCGCCUGGUGGCGGAGCGGCGGCCGGCGCAGGGAGGGCCCAGCGCCGGGAUGCUACACACAACACAGCUGUACCAGCAUGUGCCAGACACACGCUGGCCAAUCGUGUACUCGCCACGCUACAACAUCACCUUCAUGGGCCUGGAGAAGCUGCACCCUUUUGAUGCGGGGAAAUGGGGCAAAGUGAUCAAUUUCCUAAAAGAAGAGAAGCUGCUGUCUGACUCCAUGCUGGUGGAGGCGAGGGAGGCCUCAGACGAGGACCUGUUGGUGGUGCACACGAGGCGCUAUCUCAACGAGCUGAAGUGGUCCUUUGUUGUUGCCACCAUCACGGAAAUCCCCCCUGUCGUCUUUCUCCCCAACUUCCUCGUGCAGAGGAAGGUGCUGAGGCCCCUUCGGACCCAAACAGGAGGAACCAUAAUGGCGGGGAAGCUGGCCGUGGAGCGGGGCUGGGCCAUCAACGUGGGGGGCGGCUUCCACCACUGCUCCAGCGACCGGGGCGGGGGCUUCUGCGCCUACGCAGACAUCACGCUCGCCAUCAAGUUCCUGUUUGAGCGUGUGGAGGGCAUCGCCAGGGCCACCAUCAUUGACCUUGAUGCCCACCAGGGCAACGGGCAUGAGCGAGACUUCAUGGGUGACCGGCGUGUGUACAUCAUGGAUGUCUACAACCGCCACAUCUACCCUGGGGACCGCUUUGCCAAGCAGGCCAUCAGGCGGAAGGUGGAGCUGGACUGGGGCGUGGAGGACGACGAGUACCUGGAUAAAGUCGAGACGAACAUCAAGAAAGCCCUCCAGGAGCACCUGCCCGACGUGGUGGUGUACAACGCGGGCACCGACAUCCUCGAGGGGGACCGCCUGGGGGGGCUGUCCAUCAGCCCUGGGGGCAUUGUGAAGCGGGACGAACUGGUGUUCCAGAUAGUCCGCGGCCGCCAGGUGCCCAUCCUCAUGGUGACCUCGGGCGGGUACCAGAAGCGCACAGCCCGCAUCAUUGCUGACUCCAUCCUCAAUUUGUACGGCCUGGGGCUCAUCGGGCCCGAGUCACCCAGCGUCUCGGCACAGAGCUCACUCACACCGCUGCUCCCCUAGCGGUGCCCAGCCCGCCGCCCUCCAGGCGUCUCCCCACCUGCCUCGCGGUCGCCGGCCCUGGAGUGGGCCCCUCUCCGCUCUUCCCCACUGGGUGCCCGGGGGCCUCUGGGCCCUCUGUGGGCAGGGGCUGAAGGCAGAGCCUGGGUUCCAGGGACCACGCACACGGGGUCACAGGUCUGAGCAGGCCCGGGGAGGCGGGCAGUUCGCUGAGAGUGGGGGAGGACAGGUUAGACCCCAGGGCCAUAGGAGACGUGCCCGGGGCUUGGAGUGUUCUGGAUUUGGAGAACGGCAGACCGAGGUCAGACCAAGGAAUCUUCCAUCUGUACCCUGUUUGGGCUUCUCUCCUCUUCUGUCCUGCGAUUUGCUUCACCCUCCUCCUUGCCCCAGGGCGUGGGCACCCAUGUGGCCCGGCCUGUGGGAGGGCCCUGCAGCCAGGCCGCCAGGUGGCCCCGGUUCCCAGCCAGCAGGCCAGAGCCCUGGGCCUGGAUGGGAGGGAUAGCUGGGGCGGGUGCAGGUGGGUUCUCCCAUCUGGGCUUCUUUCUCAAUAAAGCAAGGUCUGGACGCGCUUCCCCACAGUGCUGAGGGGAGGGGAGGCCUGAGGACCUCCAGAUCCCUGCUUUGACAAUGGUCUCACCUGUUUGGUGCAAGGGUCAUGUUGUGGGGGCAGAAUUCUUAGCUGGGGGUGGGCCUCAGUGCUGGAACUCCUGGGGGGGGCUGCCGCCCAGGUGGGAGGGGCCCAGGGAAGCGGGUAUCCCUGGAAGGCGAGGCCAGGUGGGGCUUCCUGGAGGCAGUGCAGAGGCUCCAUCCUGGCGGGAGGUUGUGAGGGCAGGGGCAGGGGCCUGGGCGGGGCCGUGGCCACCCCUGGCCUCACCCGAUGUGCCCAGGGCCCAAGCUGGGCCUGACUGCUGGCCUUCUCUGCCCUACUCUGAAGGUGACGUUCAGUGCCCUCCAGGAGGCAGGGCGGGGACCACCUCGACCCAAGGCGGUGGGGGGGCGGGCAGGGAAAGUGGGUCAGCUGAGGUCUCCGCCCUCGGUCGGCCCCUGCGGGACUCAUGCCCCUUACCGUCUCGGUGCUCCCAGUCCGCCUCACGUGCCCUGUGCUGGAGCCGGGAGGGUCCCACGAUCACAAAUUGUCAAAAGUGCUGACCUGGACCAGACCCCAGGCACUAACAGUGCACUCUGAGUCCCCGCCCUUGCCUUUGGUCUGUCUGCAUCUGGCUUAAGGUACCUAACGUGCAUUCAUCCCGACACAAGCCUGUGACAUCUGGGACUCGGCGAUGGACCAGGCUGUCCCUGCAGAGCCACUGUGCCUGGAGAAUCAGAAAGGCUCUGGGUCGGACCCAGUGCUGCGUGCUUUUGGGGUGAAGAGCCCCACCUCCUGAGGAUGAAGGGGAUGAAGAUGAGGUCACUCAGCAGGAGGCCUGACGCAGGGUGGCUGCUCAAUAAAUGCUAGUGCAGAAACUGAGGCAUAGACGGGCUUAGUUACUCGCUGA